GACGAUGGAGGAAUCUAAAUGUGUGGUGUCGAACAACUCCUUGACUCUAUAAAGAACGCUUUUUUCUUCAAUAUUCGUUCUACCGCAAGUCCUGGGCCGUCUUUGUUUCCUGUCCCUUGCCAUCUGAUUAUAGUCAAAGUCCCGGCUGCUUCGGUGGCGUUGAUACAUAGCCAUGAAUUCGAGAGUUGAGGGUAUCCUCCGGACCCUGACAUUGGAAGAGAAGAUCUCUCUUACUGCUGGGAAGGACUUUUGGGAGACUGUACCAAUCCCGGACAAAGGGGUUCCGGCUAUCAAGACAAGUGAUGGACCGAACGGAGCUCGCGGCGAAGUCUUUGCAGGAGGGACUAGGGCCGCUUGCUUCCCGGCUGCUGUCUGCUCGGCUGCAACCUGGAAUCCAGAAUUUUCGAAAAGAAUAGGAAAUGCAUUGGCCGAGGAGACCAAGACCAAGAGCGCGCGAGUGCUUCUCGCACCCACUAUGUGCUGUCACAGACAUCCCCUCGGCGGCCGUAAUUUCGAAAGCUUUUCUGAAGACCCAUAUCUUACCGGGAAACUAGCCGCUCACGUUGUCAAGGGUAUCCAAGAAAAGGGCAUUGCGGCCACAAUCAAGCACUUUGCGGCAAACGAACAGGAAACAGAGCGUUUGGCCGUCGACGAGAUUAUCUCUGAGCGAGCGUUGAGGGAAAUUUAUCUGAAGCCCUUCGAGAUCACAGUCAGGGAGGCUAACCCAUGGGCCAUCAUGACAUCCUACAACAAAGUCAAUGGCACCCAUGCCGAUUCACAUACGUUCCUUCUCAAGCAAAUCCUACGAGGCGAGUGGGGUUGGGAAGGAACUGUGAUGAGUGACUGGGGAGGAACAAACUCUACAGCUGAUUCGCUGAAUGCUGGACUAGAUUUGGAGAUGCCCGGUCCGACCAAAUGGCGAUCGACUCAGGCUAUAACCGAGGCUAUCGAGAAGGGCAAUGUAACCGAAGAGACCAUUACCGAGCGUGCGAGGAAUGUAUUGAACCUCAUUGAGAAGGUUGGUGGGUUUGAGAACCCCGAAAUUCCGCCUGAGCGGUCCAUCGUCAAUCCAGCACACAGCCAACUUAUCCGAGAAGUUGGCGGUCAGGGUAUCACUCUCCUCAAGAACGACGGUAGUGUUCUUCCAUUAAAAAAAGAAAAUGUCAAAGGCAAGAAGAUCGGACUGUUUGGGCUGGCCGAAGAGGCUUUGAUCCACGGAGGAGGGAGUGCGAGUCUGCACGCGCACUAUCGAAUAAGUCCUGAACAGGGUCUGAAGAAUGCAUAUGGCGACAGCGUUGAGUUCAAGUUUGCCAAAGGCGCUCACACCUAUCGUCUCCUUCCACCACUGGCAAAGGGCUGCAAAGACCUCGAAGGCAAUCAUGGUUGGACGAUGGAGUUCUUCAACGUUGGUCAGACAGAUAAGCCCAUCAAGACAGUGAACAUCAAGGAAUCUACAGUCAGCCCAAUCCUCGAUAGCGAAGCGAAAGACAAGGAGUUGAAGCUUAGCGCGACAUUCAUCCCCUCUGAGACUGGCUCUCACUACCUUGGAUGCUCGGGUACUGGCCCUACCGUCGUCAUCAUUAACGACAAAGUGGUGUUUGAACAAAAGCAUAACUCCCCAGAUCCCAUGGGCUUUCUUCUUGGCGGCAACCCAGAAGAAGAGUUCAUAGUUCCUUUCACAAAGGGUAAGUCGUACAAGAUCAGAAUUCACUCGAAGCCCCCGAGUGCAGAAAACGACACGAGCAUCUUGGCGGGGCUUCCUGGAUUGAGAAUGGGCUUCAUGAAUCAAGAAGAGCAUGAUUUGGACAUGCUCAGCCAUGCUGUAGAUGUUGCAAAAGAGUGCGAUAUUGCUAUAAUUUUCACGGGACACAGUCCUCCCUGGGAAACCGAGGGUCAGGAUCAAGUGAGCUUCAAUCUGCCCCGCGACGGAUCGCAGGAUGCCCUUGUCGACGCGGUAGCGUCGGUAAAUUCAAAGACCAUCGUUGUAAACUCCACAGGUGUAGCUGUCGCUAUGCCAUGGCUCCAUAAGAUAUCGGCUCUUGUUCAGGCGUGGUUUCCGGGCCAGGAAGCAGGCAACGCGAUUGCCGACAUUAUUUCCGGGGCUGUCAACCCUUCCGGAAGAUUGCCUGUAUCAUUCCCCAAAUACAUCGAGGAUGCUCCUGCUCACGGCAACUUUCCCGGCGAAAAGAGCGGCGAUCAGCUCACUGUCAAGUACGAGGAAGGCGUGUUCGUCGGAUAUCGCCACUAUGACCGCCUACCCAAGGAGAAGAUCCAGUUCCCCUUUGGCUUCGGUCUAUCUUAUACUGAAUUUGCUUUCACAAACGGAAAAGUCUCCCAAACUUCUGCAGAUGCUUUCAGUGCCAGCGUCGCCGUGAAAAACACCGGGAGCGUCGCAGGUGCCACAGUCGUCCAGCUAUACGUCGGCAGGAAACAUCAGUCUCCUGAGCACCCCAUCAAGACACUCGCAGCAUUUGCAAAAGUCUUCCUGCAACCUGGUCAAGAACAAGUUGUCGAUUUGUCGCUCGCUCUCAAAGAUUUUGCGUACUUCGACGAGGCGUCGAAAUCAUGGAAGGUUGACAGGGGACAGUACAACUUCUCGUUCGGUCAAUCAACAGCACAAAUCGAUAGUGUGGUUCUUGUUGACAUUGAGGGGAGUCGAGAUUUGAAGUUGUAAAGACGGAGUAGCGCACAAUCGUACACUCUCAACUGCCAAGUCACCCGGUCUCAGCUUAGCCAGCCACAACAUGAGGUUCGCGACGCCAACAACAACCCCCUCAAUUCUUGCCAACACUCGAUACUCAGUUUUUUGUUUGCAGUCUUUCCAGGGGUCGGGAGACGACGUCUUUCCCCCGUUUUUUCUGGUCAUGAGUUUUAGAAUCAGCCUCUUUCUCAUAGUACAAACUCCCUUUAGUGAAGUGGUUAUCACGUCCGACUGUAAUAUCUGUUGUAUUCGGAAGGCCUCCGCGUUCGACUCCGGGAGGGGAGACGCCCUUUUUGUACUCGUAUGGGGCUGAGACGACCUCGUCGUUGUUGUUGCUGGACCAUAGUCCUCAUCAUUAC